CGGUUGUCACUUCCUCCCCGCCAAGAAGCCGUUCGACGACCACCUAAACUCCACGCCUCUGCCCGCCAGGUAGCCAGACGCAGGGCCGUUCGUGGAGCUCCCUACUUCCUCUCCGCUAUUAUCUUUACCUGCGCCCCGCGCCACCUCGACCCCCACCAUGGAUUCCGCUGCUUCGACCCCCAGCGGCGACGACUUCGACUCCGAUGGCCCCUUUGGCUCCCCCUCAUCCCCGCCCGCCAGCAGCCCCGAUGUGCGGCCCAGUCUUGCCCCUGGCUCCCCUACAGAGGGCCGUCCUCCCGCUCGCUCCGUGUCCACCAGCGGUGCUACCGCCAAUAUGACGCCUUCGUCCACUCCGCUUGGCAACAUCAAUGCCGCACGGAAUCCUCGCCCCUCAAAUGCACCCACCAUUUCCAGCCGUGGCAGCGGUCUCAACGUCCCGCAGGAUAUAAUGGCAAGGAUGAAAGCGGUGCACCUCGGUCGACAAGGCGCGCCGCCCGGCAGAGCACCGAGUCAACCCGACGUCAUGUCGCCGGGUGGCGGUGGUCCUGCAUCUCCAGGUGGUCCCAUGUUUGGCAAUCCUGGGGGUGUGCCCCCAAACUUUCGCAUGCCUCCGCAGGUCAAACCCAGUAUGACCACUAUGAAGUCCGCGCCUGUCGUACCUGGUAGACCAGGUGGUGGCGCCAAACUUUCACUUGCUGAGAAACGUGGACUGAACCUAGCAGGAGGCCUCUCCGGAUCACCCGCUCCGAGCAACGGCACUGCACCUCCUGCUGGCAAGAGGAAAGGGCCUGGCCUUAAACUUGGGAAUAUACAUGGCGAAAAUUCCUCGACCGAUCCCCCUAAGCAGGAGUCUAUGAUGGACAAAUACAAAGAAUUCAUCGACAAGGAAACCGGAAGUCUUAAGUUUAAGGGCAAGGCUGUCCUCGACUCAAAAGGUGUGCAGUUCGCAAACGGCAUCACCUUCAACAUAUCGUUAGAUGAAGUGGACACACUCGAUGAACUGGGCAAGGGCAACUACGGCACCGUAUACAAAGUUAGACAUGCCCGGCCUCAAAUGAGGAAGCCAGGCCAAGGAUUGGCAGGUAACAAAGCGGCACCCGGCUCGCCGUCGCGUAAGAACUUCGAGGGCGAGGACUCCAGUCCGGCUGCGAACAAGACCUCGGGUGGGACUGGCAUCGUAAUGGCCAUGAAAGAAAUCCGGCUGGAGUUGGACGAAGCCAAAUUCGCGACGAUCAUCAUGGAGCUAGACGUCCUUCACCGCUGCGUCUCCCCGUACAUCAUCGACUUCUACGGCGCUUUCUUCCAGGAAGGUGCUGUUUACAUAUGUAUGGAAUUCAUGGAUGGCGGCUCGUUGGACAAGCUAUACGGGGAUGGCGUUCCGGAAAAUGUGCUGCGAAAGGUUACUCUGGCGACUGUUAUGGGACUGAAGUCGCUCAAGGAUGAUCACAACAUUAUUCACCGAGACGUGAAACCUACGAACGUCCUUGUCAACACCAGGGGUCAAAUCAAGAUCUGUGAUUUUGGCGUCAGUGGCAAUCUGGUCGCCAGUAUUGCGAAAACAAACAUUGGGUGUCAGAGUUACAUGGCGCCGGAGCGGAUUUCCUCCGGAGGCAUGGCUCAAGCAGGCGCAAGUGCUGGAGCUGGCACGUAUAGCGUGCAGAGUGAUAUCUGGAGUCUUGGUCUUACCAUCAUCGAAUGCGCUUUAGGCCGAUACCCAUAUCCACCUGAGACGUACAAUAACAUCUUCAGUCAGCUCAGCGCUAUCGUGGACGGCGACCCCCCGGAUCUUCCCGAAGAAGGCUAUUCAGAAACGGCUCGUGACUUUGUGCACGGGUGCUUGAACAAAAUUCCCAAGUUGCGUCCAACAUACGCAAACCUUCUGGAGCAUCCAUGGCUUGCGCCUCUCAUCAAGCCACACACCAUUCUUGAAGAGGAAGAGGAAGAGGAAGAGGCCGCCGUUGCUGCCGAACCUGAUGUGGCUGCUGGCGACAGGAGCACACCCGAGCCGAUCGAAGCCGUGCACGACCAGGAGGUGGCAGAUUGGGUGAAAGCUGCGAUUGAAAGACGGCGGCAAGGAAAGCUGGGCAAAGGGGCGGAGAAGCCUGCCUUGCAUGCGGCACCCUUAGAUGCUAUCAGCCCUCCGCUGAACGGCGGCCCCAAUGGGUUGGAGGAAGCAGCCCCCGCAACAACCGAAGAGUCAUAGGCGCACAAGACAACCUUUGCUACCAGAUUCGGACGUUUCCAACGUUCUCUCGACA